CACUGUAUAUCAUUUACAGUUGAUGCACUCAGUGACAAGAUUUCAGCAAACACCAAAGGCCACUGAUGAGGUGGACAAUGGUAUUUAUAUGGCGGUUUGGUGGGCUCCAAAAGGACUUCAACUUAGAUGUGAACCCUAUCCUCUUUGCACAGGGUUGAGAAUUUAAAGCAUUAGUCAUUCUUUAAGGUGAGCACCAGAGACUUGUGAAUCAGCUGAAAUCCGGUGGAAGAAAAUGGGUUAACCUAGAAAAAAAAACUGUCUGGGCUUGCCUUUGCAGUCAUGCCAUUCAGCAUACAAACGAUUGCAUAAGGGCCAGUCAUUCAGCAGUUGACACACUGCGCUUCCUAAAGCAAGACCAUCCAGGUUUAAGUUGGGAUGCAAACCAUCGGGCUAUUUUUCCUGUGGGUACUGGGAACAUCAGCGUUGUUGCCAGACCCCAGUCCCACCAAAGAAGAACCCAUCCCGUGUUCUAAAGGAUGCACCUGUCUACACGAUGAGUACAGCUUGGAGCUCAACAUGUACUGCAGCGUCCGCAACUUCACUCAACUCCCGACCGACAUGCCACAAUCCACGCACUCCCUCUGGCUGGACGGCAACCUAUUCACCUUGCUUCCGGCGGCCUCCUUCAAGGAUCUGAACACUCUCAACUUCUUGAACUUGCAGAGCGGCCAGCUGACAAGUGUUGACGCUCAGGCCUUCAGAGGACUGAGGUCGCUGGCUCAUAUUCACCUGGAGCGCAAUCGCCUGCGCACAUUACCAGGUAACAUCUUCCAGAACACGCCAAACCUAGCCUCUAUUAGUCUGCACAACAACCAGCUCAGUCGAGUUGAUGAGCGACUCUUUUCUGGACUUUCGCACAUGUGGCUUCUGAACUUGGGGUGGAACUCCAUAGCGGUCUUACCUGAGACGGUUUUCCACGACUUACACGGCCUGAGGGAGCUCAUUUUAGCUGGAAAUCGACUUGCUUACUUGCAGCCACAACUCUUCCAGAAUCUGGCUGAGCUGAAAGAGUUGGAUCUUACGGGAAAUUACCUAAAAGUCAUUAAAGCCAAUGUGUUUGUUAAGCUAAUUAAACUACGGAAGCUCUACCUGGCCCAGAACCAAAUUGGGACCGUGGCACCAAGAGCCUUCAUAGGCAUGAGAGCGCUCAGAUGGUUGGAUCUCAACAACAACAAGCUGACUUCUCUCCAUGAGGACACCUUCUUGGGCUUGCAUACUCUUCACGUGCUGCGGCUUUCCAACAACUCAAUCGCCGGCAUCAGGCCCAGGACGUUCCGUGAUUUGCUGUUCUUGGAGGAACUGCGACUCAGCCACAACAGAAUCCGUGCCCUGGGAGACAGAGUUUUUGAAGGCCUUGGCCAUCUUGAGGUUCUAGAGCUUGAGCACAAUCAAGUCCAGGCGGCACAAGAGGGGAGUUUUACAGGACUAUCCCAUGUGGCCGUUAUCAACCUGUCCGGAAGCUGCUUCCACAGUCUACCGGACCAGGUCUUCAAUGGUCUGUCCAAGCUUCACAGCCUUCAUCUGGACAAAGGCUGCCUUACAAGAAUUACAAACCAGGCCUUCACAGGUCUCUCCGGUCUGAGGAGACUUUUCCUGCAGCGCAACAACAUAUCCGCAGUGGAACGCCAGAGCUUUGCAGACCUGGCAGGCCUGUUGGGACUGGACUUGAGUUUUAACAAGCUGGACGUUCUCACGAGCAACACAUUCUCCGGGCUUAAGAAUCUGGAAUACUUGGUCCUGUCCAACAACGAAUGCCGUCAAUUUUUGCAAAACGGCACCAAGAAUCUUCUGCCGAGGAUGCGCUACCUUGACCUGAGAGCUAACACCCUGACCAGCCUCGUCCCGGACUUCUCAGAGAACAUGGAGAAGCUCUUGCUGUCCGGAAACCGCUGGAGGUGCGACUGUGGGGCACUGCCGUUACGCAACUACAGCUUGAGGAAUCCACAGGUGGUUCCUCGGAGGGUGGAGACCCACGCAGAAGGCGACGAACCCGACAGUACUAUCACAAUAUACAACAACAUAACAUGCGCUAGCCCGACACGUUUGGCCGGUCAGGAUCUACGGGAUAUCGACACAGAACUUUUCCAGACUUGCAGAGCAGCUGCGCACUAAUGUGUGCUGUUAUACACGCAGAUGUGCGUAGGGUGCCGCUAUCUGUGGGGGCCCCUUCUUGCAUGAAGAAGUGCGUAGAAAAUGUCAAAUAAUCAAUGACAAGGUGCUUCAAUUGAUAUUUUACCGCAAACAUCCGUCACUUCCUGCUAUAAAAUAUAAUGACAAAUUUCCCCACACAGUCCCACUGUGUUCGAAUUGUGGUCUGAGUUGAGUUCGGACUGUUUAUAAAUUUAUGUUUUAAUGAUGUUAAAACCGUCAUUUUGUCGUGAUGGGAAUCUUACAACUCUCGAUUCGAUCCGGUUCAGAUUCUUGAGGCAACGAUUCGGUUCAAAUCGAUUCUCGAUUCAAACUAGGGAUGGGCGAUAUAGGCUAAAAUCUAUAUCACAAUCUUUUAUUUGGCAUAUAAAUAUAACCUUUUCAAAACAGGUUACAAAGGCUCCUAAUUUGGCUGCUGACGUAUGCCGUGUCAUAUUGGGCCAUUUCCCAUUGUAUUAUUUUGUCAAAACUACAUAUACAUAUAAAUAUAUACACAUAUAUAUAUACACAUAUACACAUAUAUAUAUAUAUA